AUGUCUGGUCCACGUCCAGCGCCCGCGGAGGAAGAGGGCACCCUCAAGAGGGUCUUCGGCGUCGUCCAGCAAGUGUUCAUCGUUUACGCCCUGGCCCAACUCGCUGGAAAGUUCAUCAAGGGCAAGGUCGACCCCGCACAAGGACAGACAGCAGCCCCAGGCCAGGUAGCAACCCCCGACGCGCAAGCAAACGUGCCCGCGCCGAAUCUAGAUCCUCGUGCCCUCCCCCCCGACCAGGCGUACCCGGCCUGGCCCCAGGGCGUCGCACUUGACCUGCACGUCCACCUGUCCACCGACCCCUUCGGCCAGGUCUUUGCGGCCAAGCGCGCCGGGCGCGACGCAGAUCUGCCUAGCUUUGCCUGGUAUAACAUCUCGUACGGGAACUGGUCCGAUGCUCGGUUGACAGAUCUCGAAGUGCCGAUCCCCCAGUCCGUGCAACACAAUGCCUCCAUGUGGGCGGACAUCUUCCUCACCAUGGCCAACUUGAGCCCUGAUCCCGAGGACCCCAAGUUCGACGCCCGCGGCGUCUUCCACAGGCGCAAACUGCUAACGCGAUACAUGCCCAAACCUAAAGUUCGCAAGGAGAAGAAGCUUCUCGGAAUCCACAGCAAGGAGGAAUACGAUCAGGAGGAGCAAGAAGCUGAGGAAGAGAAGGUCAUCGCGUCAUAUUGGUACCCAAAUAUGACCUUAGCACUCGUAUCCGACGGAACGGCCAUCCCAUACGCCCAGCUGCCUCCUCCAGUAAAGGAGCACGUUCACUUGAUACCCAAUGCGCGUGACGAUACAGGCCGCUUCGGCUAUUACUACCCCGUCGUCUUCCCGAAUGAGUUCUGGCACCUCCGGUCGCACCUCAUCGAGUUGAACGAGACGACGACGAAGCUUCCGCUCCAAGUUACCUAUCAGGCGCUCAGCUACAUGAAGUUCCAGUUGUUCGCUAGCUUGACUGCGGGCUUCGACCAGGCCGCGCAGCAGCAAGGGGGUGCGAGUGGUGCUGAGUUGGACGAGAUCAAGCGGGUGCUACUUGAAACCAACCCGUGGUAUCUUGGCCUGACAGGUCUAGUCAGCGUGUUGCACGUCGUGUUCGAGAUGCUCGCGUUUACGUCGGAUGUCUCGCACUGGAAGAACAAGCAGGAGCUUGUCGGUGUGUCCGUGCGCUCAAUCAUCAUCAAUGUCAUAACGCAAAUCAUCGUACUGCUCUAUCUCGUCGACAACAACGAGGAGACGUCCUGGAUGAUCCUCAUGUCCUCUGGCAUGGGCGUACUCAUCGAAGCUUGGAAGAUCACCAAGGCGGUCGACGUUGCGAUUGUACCCGCCUCGACGACGCAGCCGGCGACGAUCCCUGGCAUUCCGUUCCAUUUACAGAUUACCGACAAGCAUGUCCUGAGCGAGGACGAGAAAAAAACACAAGAGUAUGACAAGCUCGCGUUCCGCUACGUGAGCUGGGUCACUAUCCCGUGCUUGCUUGGCUAUUCUGUCUACAGUCUUCUCUAUGAGAGCCAUCGUGGAUGGUACUCGUACGUGAUCACGACGCUCACGAGCUUCGUGUAUAUGUUCGGCUUUGUUCAGCUCGUGCCACAGCUCAUCAUCAACUACAAGCUGAAAAGUGUGGCGCACAUGCCGAUGAAGGCCAUGGUGUACAAACUGCUGAGCACGGUUAUCGACGACCUGUUCGCCUUUAUCAUCAAGAUGCCGACCCUCCACCGACUGGCAGCAUUUCGAGACGAUCUCGUCCUCUGCGUCUACCUCUGGCAGCGCUGGAUCUACCGCAUCGACCCGAAUCGCGUGAACGAAUAUGGACAGGUGGGCAAGGACAAGGAUACGCCGGAGGAGACCAAGUCAAGCGAAGCGACCCCAGCUGCUGCAUCGGAGAAGCCGAGGGAGUCGAAGAAGAAGCGGUAG